AAUUUAUUUGAAUUACAUUUGUUUUCUGUUGUAUCUAAAAUCGAAAGUACAUUUUCAGGCCCGUUCACGCAAAGAGUUUUGCUUACACUAGAGGAAAAGCGCCUCCCGUACGACUUGAAGUUGGUUAAUUUGAACAACAAACCCGAGUGGUUCUUGAGCAUUAGUCCAGAGGGUAAAGUUCCAAUAAUAAAGCUCGGUGAGAAGUGGAUUCCCGAUUCCGAUGUUAUUACACAGGCGCUCGAAGAAAAAUUCCCCGAGCCCUCUCUUGCCACGCCACCAGAGAAAGCUACAGUCGGUUCGAAGAUCUUCUCCACGUUUAUCGGAUUUCUUAAAAGCAAAGACUCCAGCGACGGAACAGAGCAGGCAUUACUAAACGAGCUCACUGCCUUCAACGAUUAUCUCCAAGAAAAUGGCCCGUUUAUUAAUGGGGAAUUGAUAUCCGCAGCAGAUUUGUCGCUUGCACCGAAGCUCUACCAUCUAGAAAUUGCUUUAGGACACUAUAAAAAGUGGUCUAUCCCAGAUUCACUUACAUAUGUGAAUUCAUACAUGAAGACUAUAUUCUCGAAAGAUUCUUUCGUCAAUACUCGAGCUGAACCAAAAGAUGUGAUUGAGGGCUGGCGACCAAAAGUCGAAGGUUGAUUUAUUUUGUCUUCAGGUUGUACCCUAAUGUUGUUACACCGCGAGUUAGGCUGUCACUUUGUUAUGUAAUAUUGUAAUUUCUAGAGUUCAUGGUUUGAAGCAUGCUUAGAUUCCCCACCAUACGGGUGUCGAUGCAGGAAUUUUGAUGUGCAUUGCUCGUUGAUAUUAGUAUAUUUGAUGUACAAAAAAUCAUUAAAUUUACCAUUUGAAGAUUUCUUCGUUUUUUUC